CAUCUGCAAGUAGGUCAUAGUACCCGAGUAACAGAAGGAGCAGUAAGAAGAUAGCCAGAAAUUUGAAGGAAACGUAAGUUUGCUAAAAAGUGAACAUUGUGAGUAAAAAAGCUCAUAAUUCAUUUUUUUCUGUUACUUUUUGAUUUAGUAGUUUAUCCUUUUUAAGAAUAGUAACAUGAUGAUUUACUUUAUGCUUCUCAGUUCCACAUCAUCUAAGGGCAUUUUCUGCUCCUGUACCUGUUCGCGGAGCUUUCUACCGGCUUGGUUAUUCUUUUUCACGAACAUAACCACAGCUAGCCUGCGAACCGCAGACGUAUUUCCGGUCGUCGCUUCUUUCCCUCCGAAAAAUAACGUCUGCGAACAUGAGCGACAAAACGAUUUCCCUGACGUAAAACCUUUUGUUUUGAUGUUCACCAAUCAGAUCAAAGGUCAUAGAAUGUAGCUCGAGUGACUCAUCGCGACCUCGCGCGCUGGCGUGUCUUGGAUUUUGGCGAGAUUUACCAAAUACGAUUUGGAACCUGAAUUUCACAACUAUAACGAAGUUUCCUGCGACGUUGAAUGCUGACUUCUUUGUGAAGCAACGGCUUCCUAAGUUAUGUAUGUGAUGUGGGUCUUUGUUUUCCCUCUAAAAAAUACGGUAGUUCUUGACAUAACAAAAUGUGGACAAACUAAUCCCAACACUGAAAGGAAAAUACCAUCAUUAGCUUAAUUACAUUUCGCUCAGACCCGCGAUUCAUUUCAAUUUAACCAGCGCUGACAAAAGGUGGUGAAUCGAUUGUACAGACACAUGCUUGACUGAUUCAGAAAUCUCUGACAAUCGCUCGUAAAUAAUUCAAAUUCCUACAAGUAUCGCCACAAAACAAUGAUCUGAAACAUUCAGUAAACCUGUGGGACCAAGAUGACAUUGACCUACGAAGCCUCGACUUAUCUUAUAAAAAACUAUGGAAAUUAAAACCUUGAAAAGAACAUAUAUUUAAAGAAAUAUAAGAACAAAUAUAAAAUGCUUUCAAUCUGAUCAAAGUUCUGUCUGAGCCAAGAAGCAACCACGGAUGUCCUAGCUUUCAAAGAUAAAGGAUACUAAAAAAUAUCUAAAGCGGCACACGACAUACUAUCGAAGAAUUCUCCAAGCAUACUUUUUUCCUGCGAGGAACCAGAAAGGAACAGAAGCAACAAACGUCAUGAUGCGUCUACUGUCAUUAGGACAUUUAUCGUUUCGAAUAUGAUCAAAACAACAAGGUGUGAUAAAUCAUUGACUCCGUAGGCCAAUAGAUAAAAAAUUUCCCCUAAUCUUUUCUUCAAUAUUAAUCCUCUUGGUGCUUAUUUCGUCAAUCAGUCCCACGAUCCGUAAACGCGUAGUUCUGAGAAAAAAAUUCAUCUGUGUUUCCCAGGCUAGAAAAAGAGCAGCUGUACACAAGCUGUAGCCUGCGAGAGCAUCCGGUUUUUUCGGCUCCAGUUUGAUGGUUCCACAUAAGAAUACACAAUAGACAAAGCCUGAAAUACUACAGACUUUCCCAAACCAGUUGGAAGAUUCACAAAAACAUCGCAAGGCUUCCUUUUGAUGCUUGUUGAGUCUUUCUAACCAGAAAACUUCCUAUUCUUUCCUCAACGCACCUUCCGCCAUACUUUCCCACGCGUUGGCACAAGAUCCAGGCUAAACCACAGCCUACAAAUAAUCGUUUAUACAACAUUUCUGUUUUUAGUGAAAAGGCAUUGACUUAAUUGUACUGAUUGAUGUUUGUACAAAUAUACAAUUACACAUAUAUUGUUUUUUUCCAACAAGAUUUUUUUUUACGGUUCUUUUUUUUAUUAAAAUGUGAGUUUAUUUUGCAAUAUGAGUUCCUUGACUCCCUGAAUAAGAGCUUUUGGCAUAAAAAUAACUAGCAUCAAAGCCUUGUUUUUGUAAAUUCAUAUUUUCUUGCUCAAGGAAAUGGCAUUGUCGGGUGUUAUCCUAAUACUGAUGCCUGCUGUGUUUAUGGGCGCUCAUGCAGGUAAGAAUGGCUUUAGAAUUCAUUUAUUUAUAUUUUACUAUGAAAUUACCGUUUAUAUAAGAUUUCAGUUUGAAUAAAAUCAUAAUGAUCAAUACACUGCAAGCAACCAACUUAACCAACCAGCCACAAAACCAACUGACCCAACCAACCACCCAUGAAACAAGCAAACAAAUAAACAAACGAACAAACUGACCAACACAACAGUCAACAAACCAGCCGACUAACCAACCAACCAAACGAAUCUUAAGAAAAUAGAAUUUUUUCUGUAUUGAGUCUCAUAAGCUAAAACGUCGAACAAGUACUGUCUAGAAUCAAGGCUGCAGUCUUUACAUUUUGACGCCCUACUUGAUUUAGGGAAGAUAUGAGCCACGUGGUCUGCUAGUAGAAGUCCUCUAUCGGCUGAAAGAGAUAAAAGUAUUUCUUUAAAAAUUUCAGUUGAUGACCGAAAUUUUGCGAGAGCCCACAUUCCAUAUUUGCGCUUCGAUGGAGGUGCAAGAGCAAAGCACUGCUGGCCUGACGAGGCUAAAGACUCCAACGAUGGAAAAUGCAAAGACUUCAAUCCUAACGCUCCUAUCUACUACGAUGUUGUUGAUUGUGCUGAUAAAUAUCGCAAAGUGAGUUUUCCUGUUCUAGCCUUAAUUCUUUUAAGAAUAAAAAUUAAGACUAUUGCUCGCUCGUUUUAUUCUUGAGUCCCCAAGAGACCGAGUACAACGAUAGAAAUAGCUCUUGAUUCAUGGAAACCCCUGUUUCCAUCUUAUUAUGAACUUAUCAAUGCUGAUGAGCAAAUAACUCCACGUUAUUAACUAUUAUAAUUAUGAUUGUUAACUCUUUCAAGUCUAGUUAGCACUCAUUUCUGUCUCCUAUAGAAGGCUCCAAUCCGUGCCCGCGGUCAAACUUAGUACCACUGACAAAUACCAUCUUCUUAUAAUAAUGAUAAUGUCCGAAUUUUUUCAGCUUGUCUGGUGGUUUUGGUAUGGCAGACAAAACCCUUGCACCGGUUCUUUCGGAGCGCACAACAACGACUGGGAACACAUCACCAUCAACUUCAUCAAGGACGGUUCUGGUGCAUGGAAGCAAGACAGCGUGACCUGGUUCCAACACGAUGGCUGGUAUACAAGACGCAACACUGCUAAGAGUCCCAGUGUUUACGUGGGCAAGAACGCUCACGGAAGCUACGACAACUGGUGUGAUGGCAGAGGAUUUGUUUGGGAGCAGGUAAGCCGGAAAAUCGACUGAAAACCGACGGUGGCUGUUUACAGCGCUCGAGGCGGAUACGAUCCAAAUGUCUCUACAUACUUCUUCCUGUUAUAAGGAAAACAACUGAAUAUGUGUUAUUGUUUUCUCGCAAUAUAAUUGAAAACAUUACAAGACCAACUUAACUUUAUAAUGUUGUCACUAAGAAAUGAUUGAAUGAUAUGUCCCAAAAAAAAUAAGUGAAAUGAAACAAUUAUUCGCCUCGGGCUCAGCAAAUAUUGGUCGCCGAUAUUCACUUCAGUAGUUGCUAAUUAAUUCGCCUUACAGUAGGGUGACCAAUAAGAUCGCGCUCUUACUCAUAUCCAGUCAUUGUCUAAAAGUAUAUGGUAAAUGAGAUUCAGUAUGUUAAUACUUUUUCAUAACAUUGUUUACAUUCCUAGGAUUAUUGCGCUGGAGGGUGUGGCUACUGGGAUGAUUUCCGUAACGACAGAAAGGGAAGACGUUGGACACCAACCAACAUCAAGCACGUGUCUGAGGUAACUCAUCAAAAAGGGGUCCAUUCUGGUGAUACAUGGUAUCUUAAUCUCUGUAAUACGGUCACCAAAGGAACAAAUCAAGACUCACCAUAUUAUAAGGUUAUCCCGGCGUACUAGUCAACGACGUACGCGCUAGUUGCCCGUUCGUAACCUUCUGCUCAUCGGUUUUCGGUCGGUUUUGUGCGCGCACACUCUUCAUAAUGACGUCAUUCGAAUGUUUUGAUGUGAGAAUGAUAUCAAAAACGCUUCUUCAAAGUCUUAAAUCUUUUCAAAACGUAAGGAAACCACACUUUUUAUUUUAUAUAAUCAAAACGCACAUCAAAAUGUAUGUUCAGUCAGUUUUCUCAAAAAUUUGACAUUUAUUUUUCUAAACGCGAAAAGCGACAUUAUUACUGGAGACACGCUUGGUUUUACUUCACUUCUACUGAAUACGUCUAAGUGUGUGUACCAUAGAAAACUCACUCUAUAAGAAAAUAUUCCGGCAUUAACAUUCUAAUACUUAUAAUGAUUUCCAUAAUAUAUCCUCAUGCAUCAUCAUCAACAUCAUCAUAGUCAGUUGUUAUCUUAUUAUAUCAUUCUCUCUAGGUUACUGGUAGGAUCAAUAGAAUCAAAAACGAGAAAUAUUUUGCAGACACCAGGCGCAACAAGUGUAUUGGUGCCAAUUCGCGCUGUGUGAAGGGACCAUGUGGAUGCUGGCGAAAUAACCACACUUUCCCAGCCCCUAAAUGUGAUGUCUAAGAGACGAAAUUAAUGAAACAAGGGAAAUAAACCAUCAGUGAAUACUCUGGCAAAAAUAUAUAAUAUAUGUAUGUGUGUG